UCUUCCUUCAUUAUCAUGAUGUCAUGAUCUUGUUGUUAUAUUUGUAUUUUCUAAGAAAAAGUAACGCAAAGAGCCAAAAAAAUGAAGCUGUUAACAUGGAACAUAAACGGAAUCAGAUCUGUAAAAAAAGACCAGACCUUGAAAGAAUUAUUUGAUUCGUUAAAUGCGGAUAUCAUUUGCCUUCAAGAAACCAAAAUUACGAGAGACAUGUUGGAGGAGGAUUUGGCUAUUGUGGAAGGCUAUAACGCUUAUUACAGUUUUUCAAAAGUUCGAAGUGGCUAUUCAGGUGUUGCAACAUAUUGUAAAGAUAAUGUUACACCUUCAGCAGCUGAAGAUCAAAUCUUUUUGCCUUCUUCUUACCAUGAGGAACUGUCAAUAGAUGAGAUCAAAGACCUUAAUGCAGAAGGACGUUCUGUUCUAACAGAGCAUGUUUACAAGCAAGGAAGGAGUCUUGUUGUCAUCAAUCUAUAUUGUCCUAGAGCUGAUCUUCAAAACAAGGAACGAACCGAAUUCAAGCUCAAAUUUUAUUCGCUUAUUGAAAAAAAGUGUCGAAGCUUACUUGAACAACAGAAAGAAGUGAUUGUAGUUGGCGACUUUAAUGUCUCGCACAAACUAAUUGAUCACUGUGACCCAGAUGAUCCUGAAAUAUUUGACUCAAAUCCAAGCCGUAAAUGGGCCAGCACUUUUAUCUGGGAUCCAGUCACUGAUAGUGAAGAUGUGUUAACCCUUCAAGAAACUAACCAAUCAAAGAAGGGCACUGUGAAGUUUAUCGAUGCAUUCCGUUACUUUCAUCCUAUGCAAGAAUCAUCUUUCACCUGUUGGUCUACUCUUACAGGAGCAAGAAAAACUAAUUAUGGUACACGUAUCGAUUACAUAUUUGCCAGUUUUCGUAUAUUUAAAAAUGAGUUCAUAGACUGUGUAAUUCGUCCUGAUAUUAAUGGCUCUGACCAUUGUCCAGUCAUUGCAACAUUAAGACAUGAAUUUAUAAGUUCCUUGAAGCCUCCAUUAUUGUGCACUAAAUACAUGCCUGAGUUUGCUGGAAAGCAGCAAAAACUCAAGCAUUUCUUCAAACCCUGUGGCAAAAUAAAGGAAGACGCUAAAGUGCAACAAAUUUCUACAAGCAAUGGAAACUAUGAUCAAUCAUGUGUUAAGAUGAUGUCAAAAAAUCUUCAAGAAAAACGUUAUCCAGAUUCAUCUUCAUUUGUUCAAGCUAAAUGGCUGAAGACUAGUAAGAGUGGUUCUAAAAACUUAGGAAACAUAUCUAGUUUCUUUCAAAAGAAAUGCACCAAACCUAAACUAGCUGACAAGUUGACCAAUGAACAGAAAGCAUUUGAUUCAAAAUGUGAUGAAAAUCAUCAACACCAAAAGAAUCAGUUGGAGGAAGUUGAUAUUAAGGAAUGUAAAAGUUAUGAAAGUACACCUACUUGUUCACAGGAACACUUUGAAUGUGAAGACAAGCCCUCCUUAGUGAAUCAUAAAGAUACUCAUAAUCAAAGUGAUGUAUUAAGAUGGAGGAAUAUUCUGAAAGGUCUUCCACCACCCCCACUUUGCACUGGACAUAAAGAGCCAAGUGUACUUAGGACGGUAAAAAAAAAUGGCCCAAAUCAUGGAAAAAAAUUCUAUUGCUGUGCUCGACCUCAAGGCCAUAGUUCAAACGAAGAUGCUAGAUGUAAUUAUUUUAUGUGGAUGAAGAAGUAGAAAAUGAAAAAUGUUGUGUUGUAGAUAAACAUUUAUGAGGAAAAAAUAGAUUUAUUCAAUUAUUCA